AUGUGUGACUUUGUGCCACUUCCCAUCGUUUGCUUCCAAUGCGGAACCGAUCAAAACCCCUGCCAUUGUAAAGUCAUCGGCCCCACGAUCGGUUUUGUGAUCACAGUAGGCAUGGCUAUCGUCUGCUGGCCAGCGUCCUUAUUCUGCUGCUGCUGUGCGACAGAUGCAGGCAAGAAGGUUCUUGCUCUGCCGGUGGAUACAGGCAAUGCUGUCAGUAAUGCCAUACCGAUAUGA